UUAUUGGAGGAAAUAUUACCGAAGUAUGGGAUGGUUUUCUGCCUAAAGAAUGUAAACCUAAUAAAAAAAUAUUACGAUUUAACGUUGCUAAAAAAUGGGAAGAAGCACACGAGCCAUUAAAUUAUGGGAUUGAUUGCUUAGUAAGUUGUGCACUUGGCCCUGGAAUGGCUUUUGCUAAUGAAAUUCUUAAAAAAGAUUCAGAAUUUGGGGUUAUAGGUUUAGUACCUUGUGCAAGAGGAGGGACUGGUUUGUAUAGAUGGAGGCGUGGGUCUUAUGCUUAUGAUGAUUUGAUUAAAAGAGCAAAAUUAGCUGAAAAAAAUGGAGGAAAUUUUAGGGCAUUGCUUUGGUAUCAUGGUGAGGGUGAUAUAAGAACAAAGAAUGGAUCAAGUUCGUACAAGUCCAACUUUGAGAAAUUUGUUCAUGAUUUGCGUAGUGAUUUGCAUUCUCCUAACCUCCCCAUUUUGCUGGCCGUCCUACCAUACCCGAAAAAGCCAUUUGAAGGGCCAUAUAUAGAAGAAGUGAGAGCAGCUCAAUUGGGAAUUAACAUCUCAAAUGUGAUCAAGUUCGACGCUAAGGGACUAGAAAUGGGUUCGGAUGGCAUUCAUCUCACUACGCCAGCACAAGUUCAACUUGGUCGUAUGUUUGCACAUGCUUUUUUGAGCCUAAAGAAUUUCAGAUCGAGGACAACCUUUAGUUUCUACAAGUUUUUCCCUUCUAAUAUAUUCUCUUAGAUCUUUCUGCUGAUCCUUGUAUAACGAGGCCUCAAAUAAAGUGAUAUAUUAUAUACAGUAGUAAAAGCAGUCU